AUGGUGGGGUCGAAGCUUCUGCAGGAGCAGAUCCAGGCGUGUACGUUCCGGAGAAAGUGGCAGCAGCUGCACGUGCUGGCCGUCCGCGCCUCGGUGUUCAGAGUCCCCCCACUUCUGCACGGAGCGCGUCUCCGCCGGGAGCUGCCUUCAAAUGCGCCCAGCGUGCGCCACGUGCUUCUCCCCCACCCCGGAAGCAGCCCCACCUCCCCAGAGAGCCAGUCACUCUCCUGGAGCGCCGCCCGGCGCCUCGAGGAUCUUCCCGCCGCCCAGCCGCCGCGGCUCCGGGAUUGGUUGCGGGGAGCGGCCCGCCCCGCGCCUCGCGGGUCUCAGAGGAGGCGGGGUGCGGAGCGAAAAGGCGGCCAGACUGGCGUUGGGGCUGCGGGGUGGACGCACCUGGUUCGGGAGAGGUCCUGGACCAGCAGUGACUUCCGACCCUCUGCCGAGCUGCUGGGGAAGAAUGGAGUGUUGGAGGAGCAGAGGUCUCUGAGACUCAAGAAGAGGGAGACCGAGGUGUUUGUGGGCAAUCUUCCUCUGGGCAUCUCUGAGGAAGAAAUUCGGUACCUUCUGAAGGACUUCAGCCCGCUCCAUGUCCACAAAGUCCAGAGUGGCUGCAAAUGCUUUGCAUUUGUGGAUCUGGGCUCUGUGCAGAAAGUGGCGCUUGUGAUCCAGGAGCUGAAUGGAAAGCCUUUCCACAAUAAAAAACUGUACGUGAAUUCCAACAGAAGCUCUCCCAAGAGGACCCCUGGUGUGGCCGCGAGGCCUCAGGAGCUGCAGCUCCUGUCCCUCACCCCUACAGAGGUCUUCUUUCCAAGGCUUCCCAGAACUUACCCUGCACACGGGCGGUUAGGAUUCAGCCAAGGACCCCAGGUUUUGGAGAGGCCUUCUCGUCAAGGAUUUGCCAAAAUCACUGCUUGUACACAGCUCAUUCCUAAAGCUGCUGGUGACUCCCAAGAGACAGAGAAACCGAGGACAACCUUCUUUGCAGUUCCCAUGGAAAUGAGAGGAUCCUUUCUGGUGCUGCUUCUGAGGGAAUGCUUCCGAGACCUGAGCUGGCUGGCCACCAUCUGCAACGCUGGCGGGGAGGUGGGGCUGCUGGUGACCAGUAUUGUCCCCCAGACGCCCUUCUUCUGGGCCAUGCACAUCACGGAGACUCUGCACCAGAACAUGCAGCUGCUGUUCAGCUCCCUGGCCGAGGCUGAGGAGCAGCAGCCCUACCUGCAGGACUCGGCCGUGCGGCGUGGGACUCGCUGUCUGGCACAGUACCACCUGGGCGAGUACGGGAAGGCCUGGAACAGGUGCUGGGUAGUGGACAGGGUGGAUACCUGGGCUGUGGUCAUGUUCAUCGAUUUUGGCCAGUCGGCCACCAUCCCGGUACAGUCCCUGCGCAGCCUGGAUAGUGAUGACUUCUGGACCAUCCCCCCUCUGACUCAGCCAUUCAUGCUGGAGAAAGGCAUUCUGAGUUCAUAUCAGGUGAUCCAUCACAUCCUCAAAGGGAAAAUCACUGGUGCUUUGAACUUGGAGUCACACAUCCUGAAGUUUGAUGAGUGUAAAUAACGUGGCUAGCAUCAGUUCGUUCCCUCUCCUGUUCAGAUUCUGCCUGCCCUGACCUGUCGUCCCCCUUCCAUUCUAGAGGCUUUGUGGGUGAAAAAGGCCACACUGGUGCCCAGGAUGGAUUUGAUUCCCAUUUGCCUUUACCCUCAGCUUGCCUCUCAGAAAAGUGAAGUCUCAAUUUGUCAUGUGUCUUCAGUUCCCCACUCAGCAUGGACAUUUGACCCAAGCAUAGGAAGCUUACAUUGAAAGCUUCAGGUGGCCAUGUAUUUUUUCCUGUCUCUUUUUUGUGCCCCCAGAACAUGAUAUAAAUUGCCCUAACAGAUUCUGGAGAAUUUUCUUGGCAUUCCGUUGUAGAAUCAG